UAGAUUAGAGCAAAUGGAUUGUUAGAUUGUGAUGUGAGUAAAGGGUUGAUGUGGUUGUGUACUGAUUGGAUUGAGAGCACGUGUUGAGUGAAUUGUCGUUUGUUAAUGAAAUUGGAAGGAUUUAUUGUUAUUGAUGUGUUACUGUGAUGUUAGAAUGAGUGAGAGAGACAUCAGAACAUUGAAUAGCCAACUAGCGGUUGCUGUAAGGAAAAAUGAAGGUGAUGAGGUUGACAGAUUGUUGAGUCUAGGAGCUUCACCGAAUGCGUGUAAUAGAUUAGGAUGGCCUGUAGUUGUGACAGCUUGUGCUAGACGCUCCUAUUCUGUAUGUAAGCUGCUAGUGAAGAGAGGGGCAGAUGUGAGCAAAACUGAUAUAUUGGCUAGGACUGCUCUAAUGAGGGUAGCAAUGAAUGGUGAUGAUGAAAUGGUCGACUUCCUUUUAUUAUUAAAUGCUGAUGCUGGACAGAAGGAUGUGUAUGGUAGGAGUGCAGUUGAUUGGGCUAUGAGAGCAGGUCACAUGUCAACAGCUGGUCGUUUGGUGUUGGCAACUCAAAGGGUUGAAGAUGUUACAGUUGAGCAUCGUCUUCCUGUGUUGCAUUGGGCAUAUGAGAACAAGAGAGAUGAUGUCAUAAAAACAAUUGUUAAGCUGGGAACAGAAAUGAAGGAUGACUUUGGACGAACUUUACUUCACUAUGCUGCUCAGUAUGACAGUCGUGAUGUGGUUGAGCUUCUCUUGGCCAACAAGGCAGAUGCUGAUGCUUCAGACAAGAAAUGAGGUAAAGCAAUUUGUUUGUAUUACAAAAUAUGCAUAUUAUUUGCUGUCUUGGGUAUUGUGCUAUUUACCAACAAUUGAGAUUUAAAUUGUUUUAAAGUCUUAAAAUAGAUGUAUGGAAAUGUCCAUAAAAUGUAAAGUGCAUUUUGUGUAAGACUGCUGUGGGGCUGUCGUUUCAGCAGAGGCAGUUAUUGUAUAAUUGUAUUGGUCAAGACUAUGAAUUAGAAGCAACAAAG